CGGUGUAAAGCCUUCGACUUGUGAUGAGUACAAGUACAUGGGACGUUGUUAACUAUGCAAUCGUAUGUUCAAGAGUUGGUUCACGGUUCUGAUAACGGAUAGGAAUGUCAUAACACGAUGAAUCAUCAACUCGUACUUGUGACAGCAUGUGUUCUGCUGCCUUUGCUGACACGAAGUUCGACCUUCCUGGAUUUUGAUGGCAGAAAUUCGAAUGAAUUGUGUUUUAUCUGCACUUGCAAUGAUGAUAGAACUACUAUAGACUGUUCUAGAAGAGGUCUCACUGAAAUACCGGACGGAUCUGGUGAUAUGGUACAGAAACUAAAUAUUUCAAAGAAUGAAAUAUCGGUUUUUCCUUCAAAUCUAAGCAGAUUUUAUAACUUGGUUACUCUUGAUAUCAGUUCGAAUCAACUGAGAGAUUUGCCAGACGAUGCUUUUCAUAAUCUUACAAAAUUAGAAUCGCUAAAUUUAUCUAACAAUGAAUUCGAAGAAUGGUUUAACUUGAACGCAAAUAAUUUUAUCAAACAGGCCGUGAACUUGAAAAUAUUGGAUUUAUCGCAUAAUAAAUUUAGGACACUCGGAAAUUUGGCCAAUCAAGAAUUAUUGAUAAGUCCUUCAUUGGAAACAUUAAUCUUGAACGAUUGUGAAAUCGAAUCCAUACACGGCAGGUCCCCAUUGAGUGGACUUGACAACCUAAGAGUGCUAAAAUUGAACAACAAUCCUCUGUUAAGAAUUCAAGGCAUGGUAUCAAAUGGUUUGAAAAGUCUUUACCUGAGCAAUUGCCUACUGACUACGAUUGGUCAUAACGAUCUCUUAUACUUACCAUCUUUAAUAUAUUUGAGAUUAUCACGAAACUUUAGAUUAGAUUUAUCAACUGCUAGUACAAAUUUGUUUUCGGAUUCCAUUAGAUACCUAGAUAUUUCAUAUUGUAACAUUAUGCUGCCCAGCCUACAAGGAUUCCCUAAUUUAAGAAAAGUGUUAAUCAAUCACAAUAUGAUUAGGUACUUACGAAGUAAUGAGUUCAUAAAUAAUAGUAAGCUUGAACAUUUGGACUUGUCGUAUAAUAAUAUUGGGUCUCUAAGUUCGGACACCUUCAAAGGACUCAGCAUAUUAAAAUAUUUGGACUUAUCGUGGAAUGAAAUUGCGAAUGUACCUGAAGACAGUUUAUUAGACAUGCCAGCACUGACGUACAUCAAUCUUUCAAGAAAUUAUUUCACAAGAGUUGGACAUUUGAGAUCUUUAUCCUUGAACACGGUGGACAUGAGCCAAUGCGAAAUCACUACCAUAGGAAAGGAUUCCUUUGAAGGUUUACAAUCGCUAGUCGAUAUUAAUCUCUCUCGCAACUUAUUGUCACAUAUUCCCGAUAGUAUUUCAUCAAAUACACUACAAUAUUUAAAUUUGAACUACAAUCGAAUAAGUUCCAUCAGCAACUACACAUUUUUUAUGUUACCGAGGUUAACGGGAUUAGGUGUUAUUGGGAAUAGAUUCACUGUUAUUUGGAACAGGGAUUAUUUCCAGUCAAAUCCGUAUUUAGAACGGUUGGAUCUUAGUGACAAUAUGUGGCGCUGUGAUUGUAGUGAUGAUAACAUGUAUGAUUUUUUCGAAUUUGUAACCUUGGAACCUAAUAAAAAAGAGGAGUCUUACAAUUUAGUUUGUAAUAGUCCGGCCAGCGUUAUUGGACGAACUUGGCUCGAAGCAUGCUACUAUACAUGGAAUCCCACUGAAAAAGGUUCUAGUCCGGAUAACGUCAUCUGGUUUAUUAUUGUUAUGAUUAUAGGUUUAGCUUUGUGUCUUAUCUUAGUUAAUGCUAUCAAACGAUCUAUGAAACGUCGUAUGACUUCCAUACAAGCUGAGCGGGAAAGACAAGUGGAAGAAGCAAGAGAUAGGUUGAGACAGCUGCGGAUGAGAGCGGAGCAGGAGGCACUUUGCAAUGCUCCCGACCCUCGGGACUUGGUCGCCCCACCAUCAUAUGACGAAGCUCUCUCAAUGCCAAAAUUAAACGCGUCCUGCCGUUCUCUGUGCGAAGUUGGAAUUGAGAAAACUAAAAGGAAGAAAGGGCGCAGAAAAACAAAAUCUAGCGGAGACUUGCUUGAAGAGACUGAACGAAACGGAGAUGUGACAAUUCUGAAUGAUUUGGGUCGUAGUCAGACACCUGACAACAGUCGCAGGCGUAGUCGACGGAGGCGAUCAGCUAGGUACGGUAGUCAUGAAAUAACUGAACUAGAACAUUCGCCCGGGGCGCGGCGCCGACGAAUGUCCGAGUUCGGCGGUGACGGUGCCGACGGUGACACAGAAGACAGUAUCACUGUAGAAGUGGAGGCAGAAGUGGAGAGGCCACUGCGACCUAGAAACCGAAGUCAUUCUAUUUACGACGAUGAACCAAGAGAGAGUAAUUUUUAAAAUGUCCUCUUAGCAUUAACUAAAUUA